AUGAGGCUCAUCAUCCGUGAUAACGCCGAGCACGCCAGCUCCUAUGUGGCCAACUACAUUGUCGAUAGGAUCAAGCACUUCAGCCCCACACCAGCCCAUCCCUUCGUAUUAGGUCUGCCUACCGGCUCAAGCCCCCUGGUUGUUUAUAAGAUCCUCGUAGAGAAGUACAAGGCUGGCGAGAUCUCAUUUGAAAAUGUUGUCACAUUCAACAUGGACGAGUACAUCGGCAUCCCUCGGGACCACCCGGAGAGCUACCACUCGUUCAUGUGGAAGAACUUCUUCUCGCACGUGAACAUCCACCCCAGCAACGUCAACAUUCUGGACGGCAACGCGCCCAACCUCGAGGCCGAGUGCGUCGAGUACGAGGCCAAGAUCAAGCGAGCCGGCGGCAUCGACCUGUUCAUGGCGGGCAUCGGCGAGGACGGCCACAUCGCCUUCAACGAGCCCGGCUCCAGCCUCGCCUCGCGCACCCGCGUCAAGACGCUCGCCUAUGACACCAUCCUCGCCAACAGCCGCUUCUUCGGCAACGACCUCGAGAAGGUCCCCAAGAUGGCCCUCACCGUCGGCGUUCAGACCGUUCUUGAGGCUCGCGAGGUCGUCGCCAUCAUCCUUGGCGCGCGCAAGGCGCUUGCGCUGCAGCGGUGCAUCGAGCAGGGCGUCAACCACAUGUGGACGCUUUCCAGCUUGCAGCUGCAUCCGCAUCCCAUGAUUGUCUGUGACGAGGAUGCCACCCUGGAGUUGCAGGUCAAGACCGUCAAGUACUUCAAGAGCAUUGAGAAGGUUGCCCGCGAGCAGGGCUUUGAGCAGAUCCUGCCAUCUAAGAUCCGGACCGGCCCAGGCCCCAUUCCCAAGACGGUCAUCGACGAGGUGCAGUCACCCACCAUCCUAUCGCCACAGCCCACCACCUCAAGGUUGCUCCGUGCUACUCCGGCCGCUGAAUAUCCCGUGCGCUCGGUAUCGCCGGAGCUCGUUCCCGACCGCAUGGCCGACCGCCUGCCGGAUCCGGGUUUUGCGGCCAUGCGCCUCACGCCGCAGCCUGAGAAGCAGAUCCUGAGGCAGACCAACUCCGUCGGUGCUUACUAG